AUGGCUUUGUUCGGAGAACUGUAUGAAUGCGAAGAAUUUUUUAACGAAGAAACGUUUAAUAUAAAAAAAAGCGAAUAUUAUAAUUAUGAUGAUUUUAAGGAUGUGGAAGAACUAUUAGAUAACUCAGUAGACCCUGUGUAUGUUGAAUCUGAGGAUAUAAACCUAAUGAAUAAGAAUAAUAAUGAUGAUGAUGAUAAUAAGAGUUAUAUUAAAAAUAUUGAAAUAGACAUAAAAGAAAAUUUUGAUAAGAUAUCAACUAGAUAUUUAUUUUUAUAUAUUAAUAAAUAUAAAGAAAUGUAUAUAAAAAAUAUGAAAGGAUUAUACGAGGUGGAUUUUUAUGAUAUACAUUUGAAGGGUGAUAAAAAAACAAUACUUACAAGUGAUAAUAAUAUUAUAGAAUAUUGUAUGGAAAAUUUAAUUAAUAAAAAUAAUAUUCCAGAUGAUAAUGAUAAUAAGAAUGUACAUAGUGAUAAUAUGAAUAUUAAUAAAAAUGAAUCCUACCCUAUUGAUAGUGAUAAAAAAGUAAUAGAAAAAAAGGUGUAUGAUCUUUUUUGUAUUUAUGAAAUAAUAUUAAAAUAUUUUCCAUAUAGUUUUAAAUUAUGGUAUCAUUAUAUUAAAGAUAGUAUAGAAAUGAUAACAGAUGUAUAUUAUUUGAAUAAAAAGAAUUAUAAAUAUAUAAAUAAAAUAUUUGAUAAAUGUAUAUUAUAUAUGUAUAAUUUUAAAUCUAUAUAUAUAAUGUAUAUUCAAUUUUUAUAUAUUCAAAGGAAUAUAAAAAAAAUUCGUAAGAUAUUUAAUCUUUCAUUGCAAAAUGUUUAUUUGAAUCAACAAAAUGAUUUAUGGGAGUAUAUAUUAUUAUUUAAUGAGAAGAUUAAUAAUAAAGUUAUAAAUUAUGAAUAUAUUAAAAGAUAUGUUACUAUAUAUCCUGAACAAAUAAUACAUUUAUUUAAACAUUAUAUAAAAUAUAAAAUGUAUAAGAAUGCUAUGAUCACCUUUUUUUAUAUUCUAAAUAGCGGAGAUAAUUUUGAUUUAGGUCAAUAUUCAAAAUAUGAUAUCUAUGAAGAGAUAUACAAACUUUUAAAUACUAAAGGAACCUUAAAUAAUGAUAUUAUACAUUUAUUGAAGAAGAAUUUAUAUAUAUUUAAAAAUUAUGAAAGCAUAACAUCUAUAUAUAUAUUAUUAGCAAAUAAUUUUAUAUAUGAUGGCAGAUGGAACAAAGCUAUGGAUUCAUAUGAAGAGGGUAUAUCCGAAUGUUAUACAGUUAAUGAUUUUAUAACUUUAUUUGAUAAUUAUAUUGAAAUGUUGAAGAUGUUAAUAGAUCUAAAUAUAUAUGAGCAAGAAGAGAGAGAAAAGGAUAUUUUAAAUAAGACAUUAAAAAAAAAAAAAAAUAAUAAUAAAAAAAAAAAAAAAAACACAUUAAAUGAUGAUAAUAAUGAUGAUGAUAAUCAUAACAAUGAUGAUAAUCAUAAUAAUGAUGUUAAUCAUAACAACCUUGGUGUGGAUGCCAAUUUGAUUAUAGAUUUAUAUAUGGAUAAAAUAAAUUACUUAUUAGAUCAACGUAAAACAUACAUUGCAGAUAUAAAAUUAAAAAAUAAUAAAAAUAAUGUAUAUAUAUGGUUAAGUAAAAUAGAUUCUAUAAUAAACGAAGAAGAAAAAAUAUAUUUAUAUGAUGAAUGUUUAAAAUAUUUUGAAACAAAUGAUUAUAUAGGGAAAUUAAGUGAUAUAUAUAUUAGUUAUGCUUAUUAUUAUUAUAAUAAAGAUGAAUAUACAAAUUGUAUAAAUAUAUUUAAAUUAGCUUUAAAACAAAAUGUUUUUUUUAAAAGUGCAAAUGAAAUAGCUAAUAUAUUUUGUGCAUGGAUAGAAGUCGAAUUAUUAGAAAAAAAUUAUAAAGAAGCUUUAAAUAUAGCAAGACUAUCAAUUGAUAUAAAUAAAAAAUCCUAUAAUGUAUUAUAUAAAUCAUCUACUUCUAUAUUACCAUAUGAAGAUAAAUUAUUAAAUAAUAAUAUGAAAAAUAAUUAUCAUACUAAUUUUAAUUUAUUAAGUUGUAUGAAAUUAGUAUCUCUAAUUAUAGAUAUGGAAAUAAAUUAUGGAACAGUAGAAACUACAUUAAAUAUGUUUGAUUUUCUUUAUCAUUCAAAAUGUAUAACAGUAAAAAUCGUAUUAACAUUAUCUACAUAUUUAUAUGAAAAAAAAUAUUUUAAUGAAUCAUUUAAAGUAUAUGAAAAAGCAUUAUCUGUUUUUCAUUAUCCUUAUGUGUAUCCUAUAUAUGUUAAUUAUAUUAAUAAAUAUAUUCAAAGAUAUAAAGAUAAAAAUAUAUCAUAUGUAAGAGACUUAUUCAAACAAGCUAUAUAUGGUAAUGAUAAUAAAACAUUUAUACCAAGAGAAUUUGCUAAACAAAUAUUCUUAAUGUAUGCAAACUUUGAGGGUAACUAUGGAUUUAUUAAAAGAGAACUUUCAAUAUAUAAAGAAGCUAUACCUUUCUUGGAAGAAUCAGACAAAAUUAAAUUUUAUAAAAUUUUUAUAUCCAAGGUAUCUAGGGCAUAUGGAAUUCAAAAGGCUAGGGAAGCCUUCGAAGAAGCAAUCCAAACUCUCUCAGAUGAUAGUGCUCGUCAAUUAUGUAUGAUAUACAUAGAUAUGGAAUAUAAGUUAAAUGAAUAUGAGCGUGUAAGGGCCUUAUAUAUAUAUACAGCCCAAUACACAAACCCUUUAAUUUAUGUGGAUUUCUACAAGGACUGGAGAGAAUUUGAAGCUUUGCAUGGAAAUGAAAACACGUUUAGAGAAAUGAUAAGAAUAAAAAAGAGCGUCCUAAAUAUAUUUUCGAAUUCUCGUAAUAAUAUGGAAGAUGAAAAACAACAGAAAGCUAAUAUGGACGAAUUGGAAAAUACGAAAAGAAAAUUAAAAGAGAUAAUUGAAAAAGAAGAGGAGCAUCAAAAAAAACUUAAAAGAAAUGAAUUGUAUAAUUAUUAG